AAUUAUUUGAUUAGAUGUUAACUCAAUUUGAACAUCUUCAACACACACAUUAUACUAAGUUAAAGUUAAGCGUGUAUGAAUCCACCACAAGGGCCGCCUGCCAGCUUGAAAGUGAAACAUCAUCAACAAACUUUCUGCAGUAACUAUAUCCAUUCUACCUGUCAGUUGCAAAGAGAGUGUUUCCGCUCACUAAAAAAAGGAAUCACAAUAAAAAGUAAUGGUGUAAGGUGCAGCCGUGAUUCCUGCUCAGUGCGCUUAAACCGGCAGAAAAAAUACUCGUGCGGGACAGAACGCACAAAUUACAAAACGAUUUUACUUUGGAAAGGGUCGCACGGAAAAAAAUACGCGAUUCCGACAGUCACACGAGUGUUAAUCCGGUCAAAACUCAAGUGUACAAGCAGGAACACAACGUCCGUUCACACAAGGCCUGUUGAUCUAAUCAGGGUUGAUUCCGGACCACACCAAAUCGUACCGGAUUGCACUGGGAAGAUAAGAAUCCUGAAGGUAUCAGUACCAGCAAGCAGUGAUCUGCGAACGAAAAGCGAUACGCUUUUAACCAGCCUAGCAAACACGAAACGGAAAACGCCUUCCAAGAGAAGGCUCCUUUUCCGACACUUAAAGUGUCCUACUACAAGCAUCGGGACUCAGAUACCGGCUCAUCAGAAGUUCCAUCAAGGCGUCGGUCGAACAGGAACAAUUCGCAGGCAGAUCAGUUGGUGGAAGGAAUCUGGUCACCGCAGCUGUGCACCUGGACGCAGGUGAGCAGCCUGAGUACAAGCGGGUAAUAGGAGACCGUGACGCAAUAGGUCCCACGGUCGAGCUCAAGGGGAUUUUGUCACUAACGAGGGCACGCCGGAUGGAACGGAAGGUGGCGAGACACACGGUUCAUAUCGUGAGAUGCCGCAGCGGAUGGCGGGGCUGUGAGUACUAGCUUUUAAGAAGUGAAUAGAAUCAGUAGGCUGGAAGGGCAGAGCAGCAGGAAUAGGUGGAUAGAAGAAGUCAGAGAAAAUAGAGGAAUGUGUGAAGAGAGAUGAAUAAAGGGGUAGGAUGUUCAAAAUGACACGUGUAGGUUUUGGUUUUAUG